AUGGCGGGGCCUUUGAAAAAGGGUCUCUCGAACAUCCUCAAGAAGUAUCCCGAUGACAUUGUUAUACUAUCCUCCCUUCGAACUCCUAUAACACGUUCAUACAAAGGAGGUCUCAAAGAUGCCUACCCAGAAGAGCUUCUCUCAACUGUUCUUCGCGCCACACUAGCCGCAAAUCCAAACCUUGACCCGUCAUUGAUAGAAGAUGUGGCAGUUGGCGUUGUCCUCUCCGAAUUAGGUGGCUCGAAAGCAGGCCGUAUGGCGGCAAACCACGCCGGUCUCCCCACAAGCACAUCCUUCUACACAGUCAACCGAGCCUGUUCCUCUAGUCUGAGCGCCAUCACCGCAGUAUCGCACCAGAUCCAGUCCGGGAUGAUUAAUAUCGGUAUUGGAGGGGGAACAGAGAGUAUGACACGGAAUUAUGCUUCGAAAGCUAUACCUAUAGAUCUCUGGCCUGAAUUGAAGGAUGCCGAGAAGGAUGUCAAGGAUUGUAUCAUGCCAAUGGGUCUUACAUCCGAGAAUGUUGCUGAGAGGUACAACGUAUCGAGAGAAGACCAGGAUGCAUUUGCCGUAGCGUCACAUCAACGAGCUACGAAAGCGCAGGCUGAGGGGCUAUUUGAGAAGGAAAUCGUGCCAGUCGAGACAAGAUUCCAGGAGGUUAAUAAAGCCGGAGAAAAGGUAGGGGAUUUGCAGCAGGUUACCGUUAGUAAAGACGAUGGAAUAAGAACGAAUGCGAGCCUGGAGGGAAUGGCGAAGUUGAAACCCGCGUUCAAGAAGGAUGGCACUUCAACUGCUGGCAACAGUUCCCAGAUAUCGGAUGGUGCAGCUGCGACUCUACUACUUCGUCGAAAUACAGCGACCGAACUCGGCUUGACGUCUUCAAUAAUAGGGAAAUGGGUUGGGUCAGCUGUUGCUGGUUGUGCGCCAGAUGAGAUGGGUAUUGGUCCCGCAAUUGUCAUUCCAAAGUUACUAGAGAAACACGGGCUGAAGAAUGAGGAUAUUGGGUUAUGGGAGAUCAAUGAGGCGUUUGCUAGUCAGGCUAUUUACUGCUUGAGGAAGUUGGGAUUAGAGAGUGCUAUGGAGGAGGGAAGGGUAAAUCCUAAAGGUGGUGCUAUUGCGUUAGGACACCCGCUGGGCGCUACUGGAGCGAGGAUGCUGGCCGGACUCUUACCAGAGAUGGAAAGGCAGGGUCUACAGACUGGAGUUAUAAGUAUGUGUGUCGGAACUGGAAUGGGUAUGGCCGGACUGUUUGUCAGAGAGUAG